CAAGACUGACAUUGAUUUCAAAUUAGAAUAUCUAACAGUAGUAAAGACCGGGGCAAGUUGUCACGUCUUUUGCGUGUAUUUUUACAAUCAUUUUUUACAAUUAGCCGACAAUAACAGUUAUAUAUUUUGUUUAAUAUUCCUGCAUUUUCAAUUGAGCAAUAAUACAAGCUUUAUUUGCUAUUAUUGCAAUGUAAUCAAAUUUUAAGUAGCUAGCCUACAGAUACAGGCUACGUUAUUGAAGAUAACUUUUCCCCCUUAAGACUAAUUCACAUUUCAGACAUUCUCACCCAGUCAUGUAAAAAAAAGUGUGACAACUAGCCCCGGUUACAUGCGCGCGCGUCCCUGUGGACCGAUGCUCAGCCAAUCGCACGCGAGCGCGUGAGGGAGUAUCGAGAGCGCGCGAGAGAGAUCUGCCAGACCAGCACGCGCUCCGGACCCUCAACGCAGGAAUCAGCUGUCUGCACACAUACACCGUCCUAAUAAAGUCAGAGGGAGUCCGAGGCUGUAUUUACUGCGGAUGAACAUGGAGCGAAACGCUGUGAAAACCAUCCCAUCAGAGUGCUGAGCUGUCACCCAGGCCUCGAAGAGAAGUUUUACUGGAGCCGCUCACUGUAACACAGCCUGUGAGCUUUAAUAUUCCUCACUGAUCUGCUCUUCUCGCGCCGUGCUGAAGAGGGUGGCGUUUCUUGUCACGUUCCAGCUGGAAAUAGCUGCUUUUUCCCCGUCUGAGCUUUCAGCGAUUAUCUCAGAAACCUGAAUAUGAAGCUGCUUGUGCCAUUAGCCACAGAAGAGCGUGUCAAAGCAUGUCCAUAUAAACAGCAGUUCAGCUGAAGGAUGUAGUUUGUAGCUAGUUUCCUCUGAGAUUUGAGCUGUGAAUGGAGAUCCUGUUGCAUCAGUCUGAUUUUCUGAUUUCUUGUGAGCAGGUGUCGCUUUUGAAACGUCAGGAAUAUAGCGGUUUUCCUGGUGACGGCUGUAAACAAAGCAGCUGCAAACUUUAUCAGACAUUACAGGAGAAGCAUAGGACUGAGAUCCUCCUUCAGCCUCAGAAACCGGACUCGUGUCAUCUCUGAACUGAGAAGAUGAGUGAAAACCCUCUGAUGAAGCACGAGCUGCAGUCUCUGGCUCCUGUCUCGGGCCCCGGGGCCUCGGCGGGGCUCCUGCUGGCUCCGGACAUAGAGCAGAUCACGGCUCUGUGUUUCGUGGGACUCCUGCUGCUGUUUUUGGUGUUUCUGCUGGUGCGCUGUUUCCGGAUUCUCCUGGACCCCUACAGCAGCAUGCCGUCCUCAUCCUGGUCUGAUCCUAAAGACGGUCUGGAGCGGGGACAGUUCGAUUACGCGCUGGUCUAGAAAUACAGCAGUCUCACAAAACCUGUCAAGAACAUAUUUAACCUCCAAAUCUAAAAGGUCAUAAAAAAAAAUAUAUUAUAACAAUAACAUAGUUAUUUAAUACAUUAUUAUAUAUAAUUAUGUACAAUAUCAUAUUUUUUAUUUUAAUAUAAUAUUUUCAUUGUUUGCAUAAUAUUUCCAUCCCGAAAUA